CCAGGAAUCGAAUCAAUUCCCAAGGAAGAAAAUAAAAGAUCUCUCUUUAUCCUUCUGGAGAAUACAGAGUUUGCUCGCCGGGAGUAGCUAAAAGGUCACUGCUUUUCGGAAAAAAGUCCUUAAUUUCAGAUCUGUGUAUUGAUCUGCUUCUAUCCAGACAGAUUUAUUCCUCAUCGCUUCAAGCUCCUUGUUGAUUCUGUUGAUUUGGAGGAGUGAAUUCAGCAUCGGGUUUAUUAUCGCUUACUUGCGAUCUCGAUUUCAAGUUUUAUAGAAUGGGAAGACCUUUGUUUUAUGAUAUCAUCGAGAAACCCGCAACAAGCUGCAUCGUGACGAUAUGUAGUCUAAUCUGGUUUGUGAUCCAGAAGAAGAGUAUUGGGUACUCGCAAGUUGGAUUGAGUUACGACACUGCGAUUGAAGGGCAUUACUGGAGGAUGAUUACCUCUGCUUUCUCACAUAUUAGCGUCUUGCAUCUCGUUUUUAACAUGAGUGCUCUUUGGAGUCUCGGUGUUGUGGAACAGCUAGGGCAUUUAGGUCUUGGAACGGCUUAUUACCUCCACUACACUCUUGUUCUUGUCGUGUUCUCUGGUGUUUUGGUUAUUGGGAUCUACCAUUUGCUGAUUGCUAGAUUCAAGGUCGAUUAUUUCCGGAGAGUUACAGCUGUUGGGUACUCUUGCGUUGUGUUUGGUUGGAUGACGAUUCUCUCUGUGAAGCAACCUUCUUCAAAGCUUGAUCUGUUUGGGCUUUUGUCUCUUCCCAUUAGUUUUGCGCCUUUCGAGUCUCUCAUUUUCACUUCUAUCAUUGUUCCGCAAGCUAGUUUUCUGGGACAUCUGUCGGGAAUCUUGGUUGGCUACGCCAUUUCGUGGGGUCUGAUUGGCGGAAUGAACAACUACUGGGCUCUUACUAUGCUUGGUUGGAUAAUUGUUGUGUUUGUUUUCAGUCUAAAGAAGUCUGGUGCUUAUGAUUUCAGUUUUCUUGAGAUUGAAUCGCUUACUGAUGCUUCUUUACCCUCGGUGAGGUUUAUUGGAAACGGCCGGACCUUGCAAGCCAGUGCAGUUCCUCUUAGUGGAGUGGAAGUUGUCUGAUUUCAGUUUCAAGGUCAAUAUUGUGUUUGGGAACAACGUUCUUGUCAUCGAGGUAGUAGAUGAAGACCGAGAGUUGGUAACCAAGCUUCUGCAGUUCCAAUUGCGUUUAACAGAUCAUUAAGGCUUGCUUGAACUGUUUGAUGGAAUGCGUCCUGCAUAAUGUGGUGAUUGAGAGAAGGCUUCCUCGUCUAAUCAAGUUAGUGUUGUUUAGGCAACAUGACAGAUGAAUAGGACAGUCAAUUAUUUUGUCAUGUAUAGUUGCGAAAAUGUCACAUGUCUUACCUAAAGAUUCCAUCCACUAGACAUGUUUCCUCAUUUGUGACCUUGAUAUUUAUUUCAUAAUGAAAGCAUGCUACCAAAUAUUCUUGUUUUA